CAACACCAUGACCACCGCCCGGACGAAAGCCAAGCAAGCGAGACUAGCAUGCUUGCCCUACGAUGCCGGGUGCGUUCAACAAUCUCUGCAAAAAAAAAAAAAAAAAGAUAAUUAAUUGCAGUAUAUAAGUUCGGAAUUUUGCAGCAUUCAGAGUAAAAUUAAGAGUUAGUAUUAUGACAGUCCAGUCAUCUGAUUGUUGUUGUCACUGACUAACAAAAAACAUCUGGAUGGGCAACAAAUGUUCGUGCCGAGAAGCUGGAAGUGAUUGUAACGUUAGCCAAGAGUAUAAGCCAGUUGAUCAACAAGAGAAGGUUACUUUCAAUAAUAGUAACCAGAGUUGUGCCAUUCCUUUGAAGGAAUCGGAAAGAGCUGUUAGUUUUUCUGUUGGAAGUGGUCAUAAGACAAACUGGAAAAUGUCUAUUCCCUGCACUCCUGGUUCCCCUGGUGAGGAGGGCCGUUCCAAAAUGAUCAUGAUGCUGAACCAGACCAGAGAUCAAAUUGAAAAGUUGACGUCAGAUGAUAGAGAUAAGAAUUUAGAGGCUUUGAAUGGCUUGUAUUAUAUGGUAGAUGAAGCUUGGAGUAUCCCUAAGUAUGGCAGAGAUCUUGCAUAUGCUAUAAGCAAUGUGCUACGAGAAGAGGGCGCUCUCCUUGUUAUACUCUCCAAGUGCGCAUGUACCGAUAAAGACAUGCAAGUAGCAGGAGCGCAGCUACUGGAACAGGUUAUGAUCGCAUCGAAUCGCGAUUACCUCGUUGAAUGUGGAGUGGAAUCCGUUGUGCAAUUAGCAUGUAGUAGAGAAGAUCCAAAGUUGAUUCAGAUUGGCAUGGGAAUCAUUGAAAACUUGUUUAAACAUUCACCAAACACAUGUACGCGGGUGAUAGAGUACGGUGGACUUCAUGGCAUGUUGUACAAUUGUAGGUCGACUGAUACUAUUACGCUAAGACAUUGUUCGGCUGGGUUAUGUAAUUGUGCCAUGUUUGGUGGGCCAAUUAAUCAAGAGAGGAUGAUUGAACAAAAAGCUCCGGAGUGGUUAUUCCCAUUGGCCUUCAACAAGGAUAACAGUAUUCGAUAUUAUGCUUUAUUAGCUAUAUGUACACUAGCAGCAAACAGUGAUAUACAACGUGCAGUUGUCAAUUCUGGCACGCUAGAUCUAGUGGAACCGUUUGUGACCUCCCACGACCCCAUUGGCUUUGCAAAGGGUGACAAGGCCCAUGCGCAGGGGAGAUCGGAAGGAUGGUUGCGUCUUUUGAUUUCGAUGUUGACAUGUGAGCGCAGGGAAGCUCAAUGUUUGGCUGCAUUUCACUUUGCGAUGGAGGCUACCAUUAAAGCAGAACAAGGAAGAACAGAGAUUUUCUAUGUAAUUGGUGUAAUUGAACCUCUUCGUAAACUAGCAGCAUCCAAUACUGAGAUUGCAUCAACGCUCGCUCAGCAAGCGUUAACCGUCAUUGGUGAGGACAUCCCUCACAAACUCAGUUACAAUAUCUCAAGUUGGUCCCUUGAUGAAGUCGGGCUCUGGGUUGACAGGAAUGGAUUUGAUGAAUAUUCGGAAAACUUCAAGAAAAAUAAGGUGGAUGGGCAUCUGCUAAUGACAAUAUCUACUGACGAGCUGAAGGAAGAUAUUGGUAUCUCAAGUAGAAUCAUGUGCAGGAGAUUUUUACGGGAAUUGUCAGUACUUAAAAGUAAUUCUUACAGUGGUGAUCGAGAGCUUCAUGAAUGGCUGAAGAACGUUGGUGCCGAGUACCCUCAAUACGUACACAACCUGGUGCAAUGCGGCCUUGAUAUGCGGCUACUGCCAUAUGUCACAGAUGAAAUAUUAAAGAAUGAUGCUGGUAUAACGAAUGGAGUACAUAGACUUAAAAUCUUGCUGGAAGCACGGAGAAUAUCUGGUGGCCGAGUGCUUGGUUUAGAAGAAUAUCCUAGAGUUUUUGACAGUCCACUUAGAAAGACCAAAUCUACACUCGGUCCAAAAGAUCUCACUGAUAGUAAGCCGCAGAAGACCCUUGAUGUUUUUAUCAGCUACAGACGUGCAACAGGAUCUCAACUAGCAAGUCUACUAAAAGUCCAUUUACAACUGCGUGGGUUCACAGUCUUCAUAGAUGUUGAGAAGCUUGAAGCUGGAAAGUUUGACAACAACCUUCUGAACAGUGUGCGUAGUGAGGUAGUAACAGCCAUGGAGAGCAAGUGUAACAUCGUUCCUGUCACCGACAAUUUCCGGUGGCCAAAACCUGAAACUCUACCAGAGGACAUGAGGGCCAUAUGCUUCUUUAAUGGAGUCAAAUGGAUUCAUGACUAUCAGGAAGCCUGCAUUGAUAAAGUUGAACGAUUUCUGCACUGUCAAGAAAACAUGGGCCAGCUUGGUGCAGUAGCGUCUAUUAUACGUAGCGGUAAUAGCAGUAUCCACGGUGGAAGUACGCGAAAAGAGAGCAGUACCGGAAGUGCAAGUGGCGAAUCAUAAUCACCAUAGUUUACAGGAAUAUAUUUUAGUAGUCUUGAAAUGUAUGUGUUAGUAAAAUAUUUGUCUUGUAUUAUAUUAAGCUUGGGGAUGUUUGCAAUAAACUACAUUUUUACAAAUGCAAGGAGUACUUACUGCUACCAGACCCCUCCCUGGUCCAUCGGAUGGUGUACAAUAGCUUGUUGGUCAGACUCUCAGCCAUGUUAUUAGUUUAAACAACCACUGUACAUUCCUCUUUUGUCCUUGUGCAAUGGCACUUUGUCUACAAGUGCCGCUCUCCACCUAAGAGUAUAAUGUACCAGAAUAUUUUUGGAAGGUAAAAGAGACUUGUGAGGGAGAAGUAGCGAAAUCCCCCUCCCACCCACGCCAAAGAAUGAGAGAUGAACACUCCUGCAUGUAAUCUUAGAGCUCUGUUUUGACUUUACAUCAAAGACUGUGGUGGGGGUGGUGCCAGGAUUUGCCCAACGGGGUGGCCGAGGUCUCCGACAAGGAGGAAGAUUUCCCCGACGAUUGCAAAGUGGGCGUGGUUAAGUGUCACUUAAAAUGUUUCAAAUGCGGUCUAGGGGGCGGAUGCCCCGGAAAAUUGGACAAUUUAGGGGUUUCAAAGGCUAAAUUAAUCGAUUUUAGAGUCUACUAAUGUACAAAAUACAUAUAAUUUUUUUUUCUUCUCCCCGAAAAAUUGUGGUUUUCUCUCUGACAGGGGCCCUGGCCUCCCACCCCCGGUUGGUGCCACCCCACAAUGAUUCUAUGUGUAGGAAUACUCACCUGAAAUGGAGGGGUCUAGCCAAAUGGGAUCCAGAGUGUCGGGAGAUAAUAAUUUUUAAGUGCUUCAGAACUUAGGAUUUUAAAAGGGCUCAUUUUUUUAAAAAUUUAAUUUCAAUGAUACUUUUUGGUUUUGAUAACACAUCUACACAGUUUGCUCUACUAACAUCCAUAUACUAAAUUGUAGUACAUCGAUGAAAUGUUGAUACACUUAGUAAGUUCUGUUAUUGAAAUUAUAUUUAUUUAUUGUAGGUGCUUUUAAUUGUAGGUGCUUUUUAACUUAAUAUAAAGCGUGGAUAUUGAUAAUGUGUGAUCAACCAAACUUUUGGCAAAACUUAAUAUAAAUAAUUUUGGAUUGUUUCAAAUGAUUAGAUUGCAUCAAAUGAUUAUAUAAAUAGGAUCUCAAAAUCAAUUGUAAAAUACAGUUAGAGAUUAAAACUUACUAAAAUUCAUAAUUCCUAAUCCAUACCAAGGUUAAAUUUCAUUUAAGGAAAUGAAUAUAACAUUUAUUUUUAAUGCAAAUGUAUAUGACAUGGAAAAUACAUAAAUUAGAUAUACCAUUUUAGGUACUUUGAUUAAUUUUUAACCAAAAGGACAAGAUACUGUGGUGUUACCUUUUACUAAAAUGUUUAAUGCAAUAUAAUUAUAGUGUGUUACUGUUCCUGUGUGAAAAGUUGGUUAGUGAAAUUUAUUGGAUGGUGAAACUAUGGUUUUGUGGCUGAGGUGCAUGCACUCACAUCACAAGGUCAUGGGUUCAAAUCCUAUAAUAUUACCAAGAUUGUUUGGUUAGACAUUUAAAACAAUUUCACUCCCUAAGCCUCAGUAUAUUUUUUGAGCAUCACAUAUUCCAAUUUGUCAUUUGUGACUGUCACUUUUGGAUGAAAUUUAAAGAGAUAAAUUAAUGAAAGUAUAGGCACCAGCAUUCCAUUUUAAACCCUUGAUUUCUUAACAUUGCAGCUAAAUACUUAAUUAAUAAAUCUUUUGUUUGACAAUUGAUAGGGAUAAAUUCAGUUUGUACUUUAAAUUACUGAUGCUACUAUUUAGAGUGUAAAGAUAAAGAUAAUGUAGAGAUUUUAGAUAAGAUUUAUGAGAAUUUGGUUUAAAAAUCACAAAUGUGCUAUUUUAUUUUUUCAAGUGCUAAACAGCUACGCUCAAUUGCCGAAGCUCAAGUUAGAUAUGAAUACUAUUAGUGUGCAACUUGUUUAAUAUUUUAAUUUGAUAUUCUCUAUGUUAACUUAAUGAAUAUUUUACUCUCAUCAAACAAUUCAAAUUUUAUGAUAACUAAUGUAAAGCAAUACCGUAAAACCUUGAAUUGAA